AUGCCAGCCAGCGAGGGGGCGCCCAGCCAGCCCCGGCUGGAGCUGCCACCCAGCCUGCGGCCCAACGAGGAGGUUUUCGUCUGCCGCUACACGGGGCAGAUUUUCCGGGAGUAUGAGGACUACACGCGGCAGAUAACCGCCCACAGGCAGCGUGAGUGGAGCUGCAGAUACUCCCGAGUCUCGGGGCUGACGUAUGAGGAGGCGGUGACCAGCGAGUAUGGCGUGCAGUCCCUCAUCGACCAGUUCCCGGCGGUGUGUGAGGAGCCAGCCCUGCGACUGGUGCACCACUCCACGGAGCCCCUGGACGUGCUGUGUGCCACCAUCAUCAGCCACAUGCAGUCGCACCUGGUGCCGGGCGAGCCCGUGGCCGCCGCGAUCGCGGGCGCGGGUCUCGUGCCGUGCCUGGUGCAGCGUGCCGGCCCCCGCCUGGGCGCGGACGGGCUGCCCGCCGAGUACGAGGUCCUGCCCAUGGGCCCCGCCGGCCUGCCCGCCGGCGGCGCCGUGCCCGUCCCCUCCUCCAGCCUGCGCCGCCCCGAGCCGUCCUUCCUGGACCGCCUGACCCCGGCCCUGCUGCGGCGCUGGGUGGCGGCGCUGGCCGAGCCCGAGCCCGUGGCCUCCGUCCCCGGCCUGGCCUGCCUGUGGGUGGCGCGCGGCUGGGAGGGCGUGGACGCCGACGCCGACCUGGCGCGCGCCAUCGCCGCGGCCGAGGGCGGCGUCGCGCAGUACGUGGACGAGGCCGGGGCCGGACUGCGAGACCCCAACGGCGACAACAGCGAGUCCGACGACGACGAGUACCGCCCUGGCGCUGCGGGCGGCGUCAACCCGGCGGCUCCAGCGCUGGCGCCGGGCGCGGGCGACGCGCCGCCUGACGUGGUGGACGGCGUGGGCGCGCUGCAGGGCGCGGAGCUGUUGGUGGAGUCGCUGGGCGACGUGGAGCGCCGCAUCCAGCCCGGCUCCAUCAAGCACGCGGUGUUCUGCGUGCUGCGCGACGCCGGGCCGGCGGGGCUGACCAUCGUGGACGCGGCGGGGCGCAUCGUGGACGCGGGCCUGCGCGCCUGGGACGACACGCGCGCGGCGCGCAACAGCGUGGCCAGCACCUGCGGCCACGACCCCGCCUUCGUGCGCGUGGGGCCCGGCCGCUUCGCCCUGCGCGCCCUGGUCCCGCUGGAGGGCGACAAGGCGCUGGCGCUGGUGGAGACGCAGCUGGCCGAGGCGGUGCGCCGACUGCAGGAGGAGCGCUCCAAGCCGCGCGCGGCGCGCAACAGCUUCAAGUGCCCCAAGUGCCACCGCGCCCGGGCCGCGGAGCUGAGGCUCGCCGUGACGGCGGAAGCGGGCGAGGACGGCGCGGCAGCCGCGCGGGACGACGUCGAGCCCGAGCCUGGGCGGGAGGCUGGGGCGCACGCUCUGCCGAAGGAGGAGCCCCAGGGCGAGGCGGAGCUGGGGGAAGAAGGCGAGCCCGGGGCCGCUCCCCAGGACGCACCGGCCGAGGAUGGCCCCGCGGAGGGCAGCGAGGCGGAGAGGCGCGCGGCUGAGACCCAGGAGGCGAUCGAGCGGCUGCAGCUGAUCAUCGACGGCCCCAGCACGCCGCCACGCCUGCUGGAGGACGGCAAGGAGCAGGCCUCCCUGGCCAGCGCGCUGGACGUGGCCGAGUUCCUGCAGCUCUUUGGCGGCGCCUGCGAGGCUCCCACCCUGGACCUGCCAGCGGUGAUGAGCAGCGUGCGGUGGCCCUUGGACGGCGAGGGCCUGGGCGGCCUGUACAACCAGCUGGUCCUGGUGAGGGGCGUGGCGGGUCCCGGAUUUGUGGUUGAGAUCAUGUGCUGCUUGAUCGAGCAGUACAACCACGACCCGCCCGCCAAGGCGCGCAGCCACCGGUGGAGCAGGGUGCUCACCGCCUCCACCUGGCCCGAGAUCCUGCGGAGGUACCUGCUGACCACGCGGGCCGACCAGGGGCCCCCCGCCGAGGACGCCUGCCCCCUGUCCCUGGACAACGACCAGGUGGCCCUGCUGGCAGCGCGCAAGCUGGAAACCACGGCCUGGCACCAGCUUGAACCCGAGCUGCACCUGCGCCUGCUGUGCACGCUGUGCUACGACAUCUCCCAGGGCUACGCGCUACGCAACGACAUCAACGUGCGGCUGCAGGAUGCCAUCCGCAUCCAGACCGAGCUCUUCAAAGAGCAGAUGGCAUGGAGGAAAGCGCGGCGGGGCGAGGGGGAGACGGCGGUGGCCGCGCCCACGUCUGGGAAGAAGAAGAAGGCGGCCAGGAAGUCGACCACGGCUGCCGACCCGACCGAGGAGGAGCUGCAGGCCCUGGAGGACCAGGCGGCGGCCGAGGCCGGCGAGGACGGCGACGACGACGCCGGGACUGAGGAGCUGGAUGAGGCGCAGCAGGCCUGGGCUGCACGGGAGGCCGAGUACGAGGGCAGGCUGGCGGAGCGAUCCAGCAGAGCGGACCCCCUGGGCACUGACCGAUUCCACCGGCGCUACUGGUGGCUCGCAUCCGCGCCGGGCAUUGUCAUGGUGGACUUCCCCGACGCGGCCCCGCCCGCGGCGCUGAGGAGCAAGGAGCAGUUGGACGAGCUGCUGGCGCGGCUGAACCGGCGCGGGCCGCGCGAGCGCGUGCUGCACGGCGCGCUGCGCAAGCGCUACGCCGCCAUCGUGGCCUGCAUGGCGCAGGCGGAGGGCACGGCCUACAGCCUGGAGGGGUACGCGCGGCCCGUCCCGCGCGACAAGCGCAUGGCAGUCAGGACGCUGCCCGAACUGGAGGAGGGUGUGGUCCGCAAUGCCCUGGCCGAGGCCAAGGAGCGGCUGGACAACUUUUUGGCCGAGGCGGUGGAGGUGGGGGUGGAGCUGGAGUUUGACGCCAAGGCCAUGCGGAAGACGCUGCGUGCCUGCGACACCCCCGAGGACCUGCGCCAUGCCAUGCUGGAGCUGGAAAAGGUCUACUGCACCGCGGGCGAGGGCCUUCCGCCAGGCGCCACAGACCGGGAGAUCCAGAUCUUGAUGGGCGAGGCGGCGGCAGACGAGCCGGAGGCAAAACCUGGGGCGACGGCAAGCACAGGGCCUACACGCGCCGAGCCCGGCGUGGGCGUGGAGCCCAUGCAGGGCAUGGAGGGGCCCGGGUCUGCCGGAGCUGAGCCGGUGCCGGCAGAGGCCCAGGUUGCCAAGGGGACCGAUGCCGCGGCGCCCGAUUCGGCUGGGCAUGCAGCCGCGGCUCUCCCCGGCGCAGGAGUGGAGGCGGCCGCUCCGGUCGCGGCGCCCGGCCCGUCCACGACCCCCAGCCCGGCCACGACGCCGCCCACGCCCGCGCAGCCGACGCCGCAGGCGUCCGGCACGGGGGCCGCGGGCGAGGCGACGGGCACGACGUGCGAGGGGGAGGAGGGGGAGGAGGGCGAGACGGCGGGCACGCCGGCGCCCUUCCGCCCCGUCACGCGCGACGACGACCUGGACGACUCCGACGCGGAGCACGCCUUCCUGCGCGAGAAGCGCAUGCGCCGCCCAGCGCGGCUGUGGCGCUCCGCGCGCGAGCGCGCGGCCUGGGUCCAGGCCACGCGCGCCUGCGCGACGGCCGCCCAGGUGUCCUACUCCGCCCUCCUGCUCAGCGACCGUGCGGGGCCCAUGCUGCAGCGCUACAUCACGCUGGCCGAGGAGCGGCGGCGCUGGGAGGCGGAGGAGCGCGAGCGCGCCCGAUCGGAGCGCGCGGCGGCGGCGGCGGGCGCGGCGGGGCGACGCCGCGCGGGCGAGGGCGAGGCGCCGGCGCCCUCCCUGCGCCCCAUGAUGAUCCGCACGGGCAAGGCCAAGACCGACGACGGUGUGCGCGUAGUGCUGAAGGCCAUGGGGCGCGAGGCUUUCCCCUCGGGCCGCGCGGCGGCGGCCAUGGACGCGCUGGCGCCGCCGGAGCUGGUGGCGGAGUGCAAGUGGGGCUACCAGUGCUCCGUCUGCCUGUUGGCGGGGGACCUGCUGUGCUGCGAGCACCCCUCCGGCUGCAACGUCUCUGCGCACCGCGAGUGCUCCGGCUGCCACGGCGCGCUGGGCGGGCCCUGGAUCUGCAGCAACCACGACGACCGGGAGCUGAAGACGCGCAUCCGACGCAGGGCGGCGGGCAGCGGUGGCCUGGCCGACGAAGGCAGCGCGGGGUUGGAGGGGGGCACCGCGGACUCGGAGGCCACUGUGAGCGAGGGGGGGAUGAGCGACGACUCGGAGGCCACCCAGGAGCUCACGAGUCGGCGGGGAGGAAAACGCGCCCGACGCUGA